AGCCGUUAGAAAAUGGCCGCUGCGCCGAGCGGAGAGGAGAGACUGGAAGAAAAAUCUGAAGAUCAAGAUCUUCAAGGACAGAAAGAUAAACCACCAAAACUCAGGAAAGUAAAAAGAGACAAGAAGGAUGAGGAAGAAAAGCAGGAAACGUUUCAUCCCUCUGAGCACCAGUCAGGAGAACCUGCAGAUGAAGGGAAAGCUGAUAUAUCUGAAAGUGCUGAGGAAAGCCUUGCUGUUCCUGAAGCCUCUGCCUCUCCCAAGCAGAGGCGGUCUGUUAUUAGAGACAGGGGUCCCAUGUACGAAGACCCCACUCUUCCUGAAGGCUGGACACGAAAACUAAAGCAAAGAAAAUCUGGUCGUUCUGCUGGAAAGUUUGAUGUAUAUUUAAUCAACCCUAAUGGAAAAGCUUUUCGGUCCAAAGUUGAACUUAUAGCAUACUUCCAAAAGGUAGGCGACACAUCGCUGGACCCUAAUGAUUUUGACUUCACUGUAACUGGGAGAGGGAGUCCGUCUCGAAGGGAACAGAAGCAACCGAAAAAGUCUAAAGCUCCAAAAUCUUCUGGAACAGGGAGAGGAAGAGGAAGACCCAAAGGAAGUGUAAAAGUAAAGUCACCUGUAAAAUCUGAAGGAGUACAGGUUAAAAGGGUGAUAGAGAAGAGUCCAGGGAAGCUUUUGGUAAAAAUGCCUUUUUCUGGAAGUAAAGAGGAAUCCGAUGCAACAACCUCAGAACAGGUUUUGGUAAUUAAAAGACCCGGUCGUAAAAGAAAGUCAGAUACAGACCCAUCGGCAGCUCCUAAAAAACGGGGAAGAAAGCCAGGCAGUGUGAGCUUGGCUGCUGCAGCAGCAGAAGCAGCAAAGAAAAAAGCAAUCAAAGAGUCUUCCAUCAAGCCUCUUUUAGAGACUGUGUUACCAAUAAAGAAACGCAAGACCAGGGAGACUAUCAGUGUAGAUGUAAAAGAUACAGUAAAACCGGAGCCUCUUACACCUGUUAUAGAAAAAAGCAUUAAAGGACAGAAACCUGCAAAAAGUCCAGAAAGCAGAAGCACAGAGGGUAGCCCAAAAAUUAAAACUGGCUUGCCGAAAAAGGAGCUGCAGCAGCACCAUCAUCAUCACCACCAUCAUCAUCACCAUCAUCACUCCGAAUCCAAGGCAUCUGCCACCAGUCCAGAGCCAGAGACUUCAAAGGACAGCAUUGGGGCCCCAGAGCCCCAGGACUUAAGUGUCAAAAUAUAUAAAGAGGAGAAGCUACCCGAGAGUGAUGGCUGUGCUCAGGAGCCAGCCAAGACGCAGCCUGCUGAUAAAUGUAGAAACCGAGCAGAAGGUGAAAGAAAAGACAUUGUAUCAUCUGUCCCUAGACCAACAAGAGAAGAACCCGUGGACACCAGAACAACGGUUACGGAAAGAGUUAGCUGACUUUAAAAGGAUUAGCAAAAACAGUAAAAAAAAUAUAUAUAUAUAUAACAAAGGCAGCUCUGGUCUCUUCUCCUUGUGGGUAGGGCUCUGACAAGGCUUCCCUAUAAAUGAAGUAAAGAAAAAGUCUAUUUUUUUCCUCCUGUAGCUUGAAGUUUCGUAGCUUCGGGGUAGGAAUGAAUGUCGAAUGUGGAUCUUUUUAAUACCUACGAGCACAGUCAGUCAGGGGUGAAGACUUCUACCAGAGGAAGAAGCAGCUUUGCACUUUUUUAUACUAAAUAGGCUCCUUUCAACAUGGCUUUCUCUGCAUCAUACUACUGACAAAGAUGGGCUGUUUCCCUAGCAUUUUAGGUAUGCCAACCUUAGCAUUGCUCCUGUUAGUAAUCCCGGUGCCAUCACAAAAAAGUUACACACUGCUGUAAAACAGCAUACAAAUUGUCUUAUUAAGUUACAGUACUUGUGAUAAGAUGUAAUAUGGUUUGAUUCCAUUCAGACCAUAGUCUUGCCAAAUUACCGUUCCCAUGGACUGAGCCAGGGUACUAGAACUCCACGUUCUACUUUUUAUUUCGAAACAAUCAAUCAGUUACUAAUGAGACAGCCCUUCAAUCAAACAUUGCUUUAGCUGAUUUUGCUCUCUUUUCUUCUCUCUUUAGUUUAGCAUGACGGUGGUUUGAUACCUCAGCAGCUUCUGUACAUAUUUUGUUAUUUUCUGGCUAUAAGGUACGUACACAGUCAUACUGAACUAAGAAGGGUAAUGCAUAAAUCCACACACUGACUAUACCAAAAGAGAGCAGCAAAAUUCAUUAUGUAGCUGCUAAAUUAAGCAGGUAUAUUCAAACUGCAACCCUCUAGAGCCUGAAGAACUACUAUCCCCUGACCUCCCAACCAUCACUGGGAUUCAAGGAUUGUAGUACAACAGCAUCUGUAGGCCUGCAGGUUGGACAUCCCUGUCCUAAAGGAUUUAUUUCCAUAAUGUGGAAUAUUCCACCUACAGUGAUAGGAGUCACUGGAACAGAUUUCUGCGCUGAAACAUAAGCAUUGAAAGCAAGAAAUAAGAUGAUCUUCACGUAGUGCAAUUCAUUAUUUUAACAAAAAGGGAUAAUAAGGAAAUCUGAAAUGUUCUUCCAUUUAAUUUAAACUCAAGUAGCUUUUCUCUAGUAAUAAUCAUUGUUGCACUAUUUUUUUCCAUUUCCCAAUUAAAAAAAGAAGAAAUCAUUGCAGAAACAAAUUAGAAAUGAACUCGGUGAAAGUUUUGUGUAAAGUUUUAUUUUUUCUACGUGACUCCUUUUGCAAGACUGCAAGUCUAACGUUGACAGAUACCAACUGACUCAGUUGGCAGCACUGUGUUUAUUGCACGCCAUGGGCACCAGAGAUCUCUAAUUGCAUUGCAGGCAUUUCUGACUCACAGUAGGGGUGGGGGGUUACUUAAUACAGGUAGUCAGUUGAAGCUGCGAAACUCUGUGUCCUGGUUGUGUGCGUGUUUCUUUUAUUUUGCAGUUUCAUAAGGACUUCCCGUUCAAGAGUUACUACUCUUUGUUUUAGCAUAGGAAUCAAUAUAACAGCUCCAAGUAACCAACAAUAGACUGUAGCAUUUGCUUGUGUGACACCUAGAGGUUUGUUGAAGUAAUUCUGCAGCAGUCAGUGUUGGGUCCUCUGCCCACAUUAACAGAGUGGAUGUGAGUUUUGUGCAAGGUUUUUUUCUUUUUUUUUCUUUUUUCUUUUUUUUUUUAAAGGAAAAUAAUAAUGUUAUGUGAAGGCCUUCCUUAUGAUUUUUAUCAGAUACCUAUUAGUGAAGACGCUGUGAGUUUGCAUGUAUUUUACACUUCGGCAGGAUGUGCAUAACUCCUAGUAACUGUUAUGUUUCUUUGUAUACAUAGAAAUGUAUGUAUAUGUUCACUCAUAGUUUGCUUUACAGAACAUAUAUGUAUAGUACAACAUUUAGAUGUAAACAGACAUAUGAUGUCAACCAUGUUUUCUUCAUGCUCAUUCCAAAGCAUUUUUCAGUAUAAUUAAAAAAAAGAAAAAAAAUGGAUCAUUUCACCUGUAUUUUGUAAGAUACAAUAAUACAAAAUUAUAUGUUGAAAAAAGGUUUCCUUUCUUCCCCCCACCACCCUUUUAUUAUGUGCUUUUGUUGAUAGUAUUGCAUUCUCUGGAAGUCCUUAUAAACCUGCAUUUUAUUUUGGUUUUAAAGAGCAAUGUUAAUAUCCGUUAACAAAAAAUAUCUAUUAUAACCAUGUGUUAUAUUGAGAUUAAAAAGCACUUUCUGUAACUUCUAGCUAAUAAUAUAGCACACAAUAUAUUAAGCAUGAGUGUUCACAAAGCUUCAAAAAAAGUGUAUUCUUUCCCCUUGCAAAAUCUAGUCUAAAUUCUAACAUGGAAUUGUCAGAUAUUUUCUAAAAACCAAUUCUGUCCAGAUUGAGGCAAUUAUCUGAAAUGGAAGCAUGUUGGUUCUUUUAUUAGGCAAUCAUAAAAUUAAAUUUUUAUCACACUGU